GGCAAGGUGGCAUUUUUAUUGGACUAGAUCCUAAAAGCACUAACACUGGAGUGCAUUUGUUUGCACCGGCAUUCACGCCAACAGAACCCUAGUCUCCGGAGGCGCACACCGAGAAUGCAUGGUGACAGUUGAAUGGAGAUUUUAUUUCAGCAGAGAAUCAUCAUAUCAUGACUAACAUGAAGGUAACAUCCCAUCUGCUCCAUUAGGAAAAGGUGAAUUCGACAGCCUAUUCAGCAUAAAUUAGGUCAAUCCACCGAAGUGUUGCCUUCCCUUCCCUCGAGAUCACUCUACCCAAUUAUCAACUUCGAUUUCUGUUCAAUUGCCAUCUCAAUUUCUUCCCCUCUUGGAUUUCGAGAUCACUACCGUCCCACCUGUUUCCGACACUCGCGGGAAUGAAGUUAUUCAAGGCAGUCAUGCUCGCUCUGUGCUCUGCGAUCCAAGCUCUGGCCAUGCCCCAUCGAGCUCUAACAGGUGAAGUCGAAGCCGCCCUGGCUAAGCUGGGAGUGGAUGUCGCUGCGAUUUCACAGCUGAAUGGCAACCUCACGGACGAUGGCUGCCAGAAUGCUUGUGGUGCGUUGAACCAUCUUUAUGCUUCUGAAAAAGUGAUCGCGGGCAACUCCUCUACCUAUCAGGAUAUCACCCGCUCUUACUGGGCAGCCCAGCAGGAAGAAGCUAGACCGGCGUGCAUGUUUGCCCCAGAAGUUGAUACCGAAGUUUCCAUCGCCGUCCUUCUCGCCCGGCUUACGAAUUGCCAGUUUGCAGCCAAAAGCGGUGGUCAUGCUUCUUUUGCCGGUGCAUCCAACAGCGAAGGAGGCAUUACGAUACUCUUCCGCGACCUCAACGAGAUUUCUCUGAAUGAGGACAAGUCUGUCGCCUCCGUUGGGCCUGGUAACAACUGGGGCCAGGUGUACAAAGCCCUAGAGCCGCACGGUGUGAGUGUUAUAGGUGGCCGCCUGUCAUCUAUCGGCGUCGGAGGUCUUCUAACCGGCGGCGGCAUUUCUUAUUACUCCAACUUGUACGGCUGGGCUCUGGACAAUGUGGAAAGUUUCGAGGUUGUCAGCGCAGUAACCGGUGACAUACUCACAGCGAGCGAGACUGAACACCCCGACCUCUAUUGGGCUCUGCGCGGUGGAGGAAACAACUUCGGCCUUGUCACCAAGUUUAACCUGUACACAUUUCCCAGCACUUUACUCCGAGGCGGCGCCCGUCUCUUUGGCGAGGAUCAAUUUCCCAAUGUCGUCAGCGCUUUCGUGGACGUGGCCAAACAAGCGAACGAGGACCCAAAUGCUCAGCAAUAUGUGAUGUUUGCCAGCAUUGGGGGAACAAACAUUGCCUCUGCAGAGUUGACUUAUACAAAGAACGUGAGCAAUCCGGCCAUCUUUGAAAAAUACCAUUCGACACCUGCGAUUUCCGACUCCACCAGCACGAAAACUCUGGCACAGUACUGUGACGACCUUGAGGCCCAAGAUCCAUAUGGAAUGCGUGAUGUAUUCUGGAACCGAUCGUUCAAGCUGGAUGAAGAUUUCGCAAACUGGGUCGUCCAAUACUGGUUCUCGAUUCUUCCACGCGUCUCUGGCAUCCCCAACGCCUUGGCAGGGCUCACUUUCCAGGCUAUCACGGAGCCGAUCUUAGAGAAGAUGUCUCACGCUGGUGGUAAUGCUUUGGGUCUCGAUCAAUCCAACGGCCCGAUUCUUCUGAUACACAUUCUGGGAAUGUGGAGCAGCGCCUCCGACGACGAUACCAUCUAUCGCUUCAUCAAUGAUUUCUUCGUCAAUAUCACUGCUGAGGCAGAGUCCAGAGGCCUGGACAAUGAGUUCAUUUACAUGAACUACGCAAGCCGUUUUCAGGACGUGAUCCCGAGCUACGGUGCGGACAAUAAGGCGAGACUGCAAGAGAUCGCUUCGAAAUACGACCCGGCCGGGGUCUUCCAAACGCUUCAGCCCGGCCAUUUCAAGCUGACUCGCGCGCCCGUGCCUAAUCCAUACUGA